AUGGCAACGGCAAACACCAGAGCACAAUGUUCUAUUUGUAACAAAGCGAAUACAACAUAUGUUUGUUCAGGAUGUUCAAAAGGUUUUUGUUUUCAACAUUUAACAGAACAUCGACAAAUUCUUGGCAACAAAUUAGAAGAAAUUGUCAGUAAUCAUGAUCAGUUUCAACAAACGAUUAUUCAAAAAAAACAAAAUCCCUUGAAUUCUUCUUUUAUUGAACAAAUUAAUCAAUGGGAAACAGAUUCAAUUGAUCAAAUUCAAAAAACAGCAAAAGAAUGCCGAGAAACACUGAUGACUUUGACAGAAAAGUCGAUCAACGAUAUUGAAAACAAGUUUAUUGAAUUAUCUCAGAAAUUAAAAGGAAUUCGUGAAGAAAAUGAAUUUAACGAUUUUGAUUUAAAUCAUUUUCAGUUACAAUUAACACAAAUUACAGAAGAAUUGAAUAAACCAUCAAAUAUUUCAAUUCGACAAGAUUCACAAGAAUUUAUUAAGAAAAUUUCAGUUAUUUCAUCACCAUUCAGUAUGUUUCUUUCAUCAUUUCAAUUUUCUAUGUCGGCAUCAGCACCACCAGUUUCGGCGCCAACAUCAAUAAAUACACUACCACCAACGACUACAACACCAUCCAAAAGUAUUUUUUCAAAUGCACCUAAAUUUGGCGCUGCUGAUACAAAUACUAAACCAUUAUCAAUAUUUUCGAUGGCAACAACAACUACUAGUACUACAAACGAAAAACCAUCAAACAGCAGUCCAUUUACAUUUGGUAUCAAUAAUCAGGGAUCCUCUGUCUUUGGUAGUGGAUCUUUCCCUUCGAUGUCAUCGACAAUUCCAACAGCAAAAAUAGAAACUAAUGCUGAUGAUGAUCGUGAAGGCGGUGGUGACGAUUCUGAAUAUGAACCAAAUGUAUCAUUCAAACCUAUUGUUCAGCGAUCAGCUGUUGAAGUUAAAACUGGUGAAGAGGAUGAAAAUGUUCUUUUCUGUGAACGUGCUAAACUUUAUCGCUUUGAUACGGCAGCAAAUCAAAUGAAAGAACAAGGUGUUGGUGAAUUGAAAAUCUUACAACAUAAAACAACAAAAGUGUGUCGAAUAUUAAUGCGUCGUGAACAAGUACUGAAAUUAUGUGCAAAUCAUCAGAUAACAUCACAAAUGGAACUAAAAUCACAUCAAGGUUCAGCUAAUGCUUAUUUAUGGUCAGCAAUGGAUUUUGCUGAUGGUGAAGCUAAACAUGAAACAUUAUGUAUAAGAUUUAAAACUAAUGAACAGGCUAAAACUUUUGCUAAGGUAUUUAAUGAAGCCAAAUAA